UGGCGGUUUCAUGUCUGGUUGGAGAAGGCCUUGCCCGCGGAAAAGAGCUCCGUCCCCAGGCCUGAGCAGAGGCUCGCGCGUCCCCGUCCCCAGGUCAGGUCAGGAUGGGCACUGUGCGCCCACCUCGCCCCUCGCUCCUGCUGUUCUCCACCCGGGGGUCUUGUCUCUUCCUCCUCCUCUGCCUGCGCCUGGGCGCCGCCUGCCCGCAGCCCUGCCAGUGCCCUGACCACGCAGGGGCUGUGGCUGUCUUCUGCAGCUUGCGGGGCCUUCAGGAGGUCCCCGAGGACAUCCCGGCCAACACCGUGCUCCUGAAGCUCGAUGCCAACAAGAUCUCCCACCUGCCGGACGGGGCCUUCCAGCACCUGCACCGGCUCAGGGAGCUGGAUCUGUCUCACAACGCCAUCGAGGCCAUCGGCCCCGCCACCUUCGCGGGCCUGGCCGGGGGCCUGCGGCUGCUGGACCUGUCUUACAACCGCAUCCAGAGGAUCCCCAAGGACGCCCUGGGCAAACUCAGCGCCAAGAUACGCCUGUCCCACAACCCCCUGCACUGCGAGUGCGCCCUGCAGGAGGCCCUGUGGGAGCUGAAGCUGGACCCCGACUCCGUGGACGAGAUCGCCUGCCACACCUCAGUGCAGGAGGAGUUUGUGGGGAAGCCUCUGGUUCAGGCUCUGGAUGCGGGUGCCAGCCUCUGCAGCGUCCCCCACAGGACCACAGACGUGGCCAUGCUAGUCACCAUGUUCGGCUGGUUCGCCAUGGUGAUCACCUACGUCGUGUACUACGUACGUCACAACCAGGAGGAUGCCCGGAGGCACCUGGAGUACCUGAAGUCUCUGCCCAGUGCCCCCGCCUCCAAGGACCCCAUCGGCCCGGGGCCCUAGCGCCUGUUCCGGCAGACCCCCGCCGGUGGCUGCUGUCACUUUUGUAGUAGGUGGUGACUGAUGAUGCUUUUGCUCUUCCCCGAGGCAGGUGUCAGUCAUGUGUGCUCCCCACUGUUGCACUCAGGGACAGCAGCACCUCCAGGCUGGGUGGUUUUGCCAUCACAUCCGUGUGACGGAUGAGGAACCUGAAGCUUAGAGGAACGGAAUGACUGCCCGUGACGAUACCAUCAGGAAAUUGUCCCAGUGGACUUCAACCCGGGCUGUCCAUCGUGACAUUCCGCCUCCUUCCACCAUGCGAGCCAAGUACAUUGGAACAUGAGCCCUGUUUCCAGAGCAAAGUAGCAGAGACCAGGUUUUUCUAGAGAGCUAAGUGGGAUGUGUCGCUCAAACUGUCCUACUCUUUUUUAUUCUCACAAUGGUUUUGUAACCGUAGUGCCAAAAUUUCAGUUCAGUAAUGGGGUGAACAAUAUGGAGAGAGACCUGGGAAAAGUCCAGGGUCGCUUGCCCGGGGAAGACGGCAGCCACAUACCUGGGGCCCCGCCUGCUUCCUGCCCCUCUGGCUGUGCCUGAUGCGGAGGCCCUGCCCCAGGGCGAUCUUGGCUCACUGCAACCUUUGCCUCCCA